AUGCUCGAUUCCUUUCUUCUUACAAAAAUCCUGGAACUCAGCAGCGGUGAAUUGAGUACCAUUAUCCGAGACGAUGACACGCGGGAAUCCGAACUGAGCGAACAGCGACGGAGUUCCUUCAGUGUGGCGGUGCUGCAAUCAAAGAAAUGUGCCGAGUACUAUCCGAGAAAGAACGGUGAUCAGUUGGUCUUCAACGAAAUCAAAGUGCUCUCCAAAAAGCAAUCAGACUACGAUUCUUCGCGGGUCUUUACUGCCCCCUACCCCCCGGCUAGUCUCCGAAAGCGAUUACUAAGCGACAACUCUUAUUUUCAGUUCGCAUUUCCAUUCGAAACGUCAAUUAAACUGGAAGUGACUCAUCUCGAGGUGUCAGUACCUGGAUGUUCUCCACACUCUUGCGUACACUAUCACUGGGUUGACUGGCCGGAUAGAGGCGUACCACCCGCUGAUGCCGCUCCACUAUUUCUUCUGCACAGCAUUGCUAAUAUCAAGACACCCAUAAUAAUACACUGCUCUGCUGGUAUAGGAAGAACUGGAUCGAUGGUACUACUGGAAACGGCUAUGGAGGUGUUAGCCAGAGGCGACCAGUUGGGCGAGAUGAAUGGCUAUCUCCAGGAGCUACGGAAGCAACGAAACAACAGCAUUCAGACUGAUCAGCAGUAUUUAUACGUGCAUCAAGUGCUACUCAUAUUCCUACGGAGAACUGGAUUUGUCCCUCAGACACUUCAACCAGCCUUGGACGCUUUUACAAGUGCCUACAAUGCGGCUACCAGUGGAUUCUGA